AUGGCAGGGGAGGCGUUUAGAAAAUUUCUUCCCCUCUUUGACCGAGUUUUAGUUGAAAGGAGUGCAGCUGAAACUGUAACCAAAGGAGGUAUUAUGCUUCCAGAAAAAUCUCAAGGAAAAGUGUUGCAAGCAACAGUAGUAGCUGUUGGAUCGGGCUCUAAAGGAAAGGGUGGAGAGAUUCAUCCAGUUAGUGUGAAAGUUGGAGAUAAAGUUCUCCCAGAAUAUGGAAGCACCAAAGUAGUUCUAGAUGACAAGGAUUAUUUCUUAUUUAGAGAUGGUGACAUUCUCAGAAGGUAUACGCCCCCGCCCAAUCCUGAGCUUGCCCCGCCCCUUUCGCAAAACCUUGCCCCAUAUCCCCGCGCCGAUUGGUCAGGCCGCCAGCUCGGCGCCGCUCACAGAAGAGCCGGAGAAGCGGAGUUUGCUCAAGGAAUGGGGCCCCGCGGCCCUGCUGCGCAUGCUCGCUGGGAGCCCGCUUGGGCGUUCCAAGAGGUCCGCUUCCCCGCGGGGUGGCGCGCGCUCCCGGCUAGUGGGGCGGCGCGCGGGCACGGGGCUCGCUCCCGAGAGGGCAGGUGGGGGCUGGGAGCGGGCGCUAGGGUUGUGGUGGCCGGAGGCGCCUGGGCCGCGAGGUCUACGCCUGUGGCUGCGGCGGCCGAGGCCAAAGGACCCGCCGCGGCUCGGUCUCCGGAGAGGGAGGGCUCCGCUGCCGCCGCCGCCCGGCCGGUGCCCGGUGAGCACGGGCCCCAGCGGGCCGGGGAGGGUCCCGGGUCCCACGGCGUGGCCGCGCCCCCGGUCAGGCCUCCCCGAGGGUCCCGAGGGCUGUUGAGGCUGGAAGGGGGGGUGGUGUCACCCAGCUCAGUGUCCCGGCGCUCAGGCCGCUCCUUGUCCUUCACCCGAGACUCGUCUCCUUUCUCCUGGCUCCUCCUUCGCCCCAAUCCAGCCGACCCCGGACUGAGCCCUGACACCCCCAGCAAGGGAGCCCCCCGUUCGUCCCCACCCCCCGCCCGGCCGUGUCCGCCGCACCGGCGCUGA